AUGAACUCCUCCGCCUUCCUCCGCAUGGCCUGCCUCUUCAACCCCUUCUUCGGCAUCACAUCAGCCACCACCUGCGGCGACGGCAGCACCACAGUCGACACCUCCGGCUUCACCAACCCCGUCGUCGGCCCCUCCACCGGCGGCGCCACCUCGACCUGCAUCUCCGGCACCGUCGCCCUCCCCAUCAACGCCACCGGCCUCAAGAUCCUCUACGACGCGCCCCAGGACCAGGCCGCCGUCACAGAGUCCCUCGUCGAGCUCUUCCAGGCAGACGCCGCCUGGAUCGCAAACGUCACCGCCGGCGGACCGGCCGCCAUCGCCGGCACCUACGACAUCUUUGUCAAGCUCUGCCUCCCCAACAAUCUCAACCCCGACGGAAAAAACAAGAUCAAGACGGUGCAGCUCCUCACCCACGGCGCCACCCUCGACCACACCUACUGGGACAUCGGCCCCGGCUACAGCUACGUCGACGUCGCCUCCGCCGCCGGCUACGCCACCCUCUCCUACGACCAGCUCGGCGUCGGCAAGUCCUCCCACCCAGACCCCAUCCAGACGGUCCAGGCCUCCUCCCAAGUCGCCGUCACGCACCAGCUCGUCGCCCUCCUCCGCGCCGCCAAGCUCGGCGGCUACUCCUUCGACAAGGUCGUCGGCGUCGGCCACAGCGCCGGCAGCACCCUCACCCAGGGCAUCACCACGCAGUUCCCCCACGACUUUGACGCCGUCGUCCUCUCCGGCACCAGCGCCAGCGCCGCCUCCGUCGCCAUGACCAUGGCGGCCUUCAACUUCGUCAACGCCAACGCGGAUCCGGCGCCCCAGUUCAAGGGCCUGCCCGCGGGCUUCCUGACGCAGCAGUCCGCCGCCGGCAUCCAGUUCGCCUUCUACCGCUUCCCCAACUACGACGACGACGCCUUCGAGCGGCAGGUCGCCAACAAGCAGACCAACACGCUCGGUGUCCUGCUCACCCUGGGCGGCAUCGUCGCGCCGUCGACGCAGUUCACGGGGCCCGUCCAGAUCAUAAACGGCCAGCACGAUCUUGUCUUUUGCGGCGGCAACUGCCUCUAUCCGACGGAUCAGGAUGUCGUGGCCUUGGAGACGUUCUAUCCGGCCGCGGCAAAGGGGAGCCAGACGUACAUCGCCGCGGGCGCCGGGCAUGCGAUUGCCGCCCACAAGAGCGGCCCGGAUAGCUUCAAGGAGAUGAUCCAGUUCUUGCAGGCAAACGGCCUGUGA